CACACGAGCGCCUCCUCUUCUCCGAACUCUCUCGUUAUUACAUAAACUAUGCGAUCCCUCGGGCAGCGGGCGAACUCUGUAGCCAUACAAUCACAAGCAAAAUGGACCAUCAGACUGUGCAGUUAGGUGGAGCUGGCAAUGGGUCUGCCGCUGGAGACCCCGAAGUCCCUUCGUGUCAAGGAUGUCGGCGGCGAAAGCUCCGCUGUUCCAGAGAUAAGCCAAUGUGUAAUCAUUGUCAAAGAUUGGACUCGCCUUGCGUAUACGACACGAAAAAGAACAAACCGGGGAUCAAGACUGGGGUCAUAGAAGGCUUGAACCGUCGAGUUGAGGCUCUGGAGAACACAGUAUUCGACAACGCGCAACCCGGCAAUCCAGCUCCUUCAUCUGAGUCUUCACAAAUUAUUGGAGCCUUCUCAAGUCUCAUUCAGGAACUUCGAGGCUUAGUUCACAACUCGGCGGGUUCGUUAUCAUUGCCGCCCGCUCACUCAUCAACAGCCCAAACACAACACGCGACGCCAGGAUCUGUAGCUCUGUCAUCCCCGAACGAUCUCCAACAUCAACCGCGAAAGAGACGAAGAGUGGACAGCUGCGGCAACCCGAACAUAGAGCUAGCCAGCCAGCUCAACGAGUUAGGAAGCACUUCGAGCCAGUUGCCCCCUGCCGAGCUCCUAGAAGAAGUCAUCAAUGCGUACUUCAUCCUGGUUCAGCCAUGGAUACCAAUACUUCAUGAGACACGGUUCAGGGGUCGCUUCUACAGUCAUGAGCAACUGCCCUGCCUCACUGUGCUACUGCAUGCAAUAGUAGUCGCUGCCAUUCGCUUUGUCGAUACUGAGAAUGGAAAGAUAUCUGAAAAAGAGCUAGAGACAUGGACCUCGAGAUCCAGAAGCAUAGUGCUUUUAUCAGCUAUGGACGGCAUGUCGGUUGAGAACCUACAAGCCCUGAGCAUCAUAGCCUUUACAGAUAUGGGUAAUGGAGACAUGUCCAGAGCUUGGCCUAUCAUAGGCUCACUUACAAGGACUGUUGAGUAUCUCCAGCUCAGUGUUGAAACAGACGACCGACAACAGGGACCUUUGCUAAAGCCCUUAACCUCUUUAUCACCAUCGCAGAACUGGACUCAAGAGGAGGAGCGGAGGAGAGUAUUCUGGAGCAUCUUCAACCUCGACAGGCUUUGCUCUGUGAUGACUGGAUGGAACACCAGUUUGACAUCCGACGAUGUGCGCAGACGAUUGCCAGCCGACGGAGGUCUUUGGCAUAAAGAAGAAACAGUCCUCACUCCCUACUUCGGUAUCUGGGAUCGCUCAGCCGCAAAGAUGGGGAACUCGAUCGUAUUCCUUCCAGCGCACUACCCAAGUCCUGAUCAAGUCGCGGAAGCACCGCCCGAGACACCAUCGACGAGCACGACAGCACCCAAGGGCAACGACACCGUGGAUAUGACAACUGUCGGGGCGUUCGCUUAUUGCAUCGAGGCGACUGAGUCUUUGAGCCGGGUUACCACGUACUUUCUCCAACAGAGAAUCAACUUCAGGGAUCGUCAAGAGGUCGGGAAUUGGCUUACCAGGUUUAAGGAGCUGGACCUACGCCUUGUCCACUGGAAGAUGUUCCUACCCCAGAAAUGGAAAGACUCCAACAUUUCUCGAAGACCAACCAUUAUCAACAUGGAUCCGAACCUGACGUUGGCUCACAUCACCCACAAUACCUCUAUGAUCUUACUGCAUCAGCAGAUCGCAUAUCCAUCACCUCAAUGGACCAGUAUCGUACGGAUGCCUAGUGCCCAUAGCGCAGAGACAUGUCAGAUCGCUGCAGCGGAGACGGCAACAAUUACACGCAAGUAUCUCAAGUACACACUAGAAAAUAGCCCUGUUAAUAGCCAGUUCGCUUUCUGUGUUUUCGUCAGUGCUCGCGCAUUGCUUGUACACUGGAAAUUUUACAAAACCGAUCUAGCCCCUGAGUUCUGGGUUUUAGUCGAAAGCCUCGAUGACUUCUCUAAGAGAUGGGCAGGCCCUUUGUCCCGAUCGAAAUCUAAUUCUUCCUUGGCUGGGAAGUACAGCGCUCAACUACGCGCGCUUCACAAGAAAUGCGCGGAGAAUCCGGAUUAUUCUCCAGAUGUCGUUGGAUACUCGACCGAUGGUUUUGUUACACAGGUACCCAAUUACCUCCGCCAAGGACAAACCGACAAUCAGCACAGCAGCCAAGCUCAGGCCGGAGUAGCAUCCGGCACGUUGCAGAACUCAUUUGAUAGCGAGUCCCAGAGAUCUAUUCUUAAUCCUGGCCCUCCUCAAGCCCCAGGCAGCCAGCUCAGCUUCCUUCCCCAGAUAUCUCCUACCAAUCCCGGAGUGGAGCACAGUUCACCAGAUGAGCUGUCAGCCAUCUCAACCGUUCUUAUGGAUCAGGAUUUCAUGCAGUUGGAUCGAGUCAUCAGCUUUGAUGACAUGAUGUUUACGGCUCAGACGAUUGACGAUCAAGGGGGACCGUUCUCUAUGAACAACUGGACAUUAGGAUAAUGAGGGAAUAUCAAAACUAUAUUAUGACAAGUAGACAAAGUGCUUCACUAAUUCUGCAUAUGAAAUUCUGGAAGAUGUAUCUAUACCAAUCCCAUCUUCAACAACCUGUUCCCAAACUCAAUCAAGUAGUAAUCAGCAUAAACCAGUCCAUGAUCCCAGUAUCUCUUGUAGUCUUUGGCAUUGUGAUUUGCCGUGGCGUUCUUCAGAAUAGCCUCGAAAUGAGCUUCAGGCUUCAGGUCCUGAACCUCAAAUUUUCCAUCUGAUCUCAACGUCACUUUCGACUUUUCCUGUGCAAGGGAAAAGUCGAGCGUAUCUUUUACAAUUCGAAUCGCCAUCGAUCGAUAUCUCUCACUCAAGUCGGGUGAUCCACUUCCAGCUAGAGCUUGGGAGAGAACAAGCAUACCGUUUGCAGCAAUAAUGCCCGCUGAAGAGUCUCUCAGUGGUGCGGAAGUAUCAAUCGGGGCGUCAAAGUCCCAAAGAGGAACGUAUCGACCCUUCGUGCGAUCCUCUCCGGAGACGGGGAUUUCGACACAGUCUGGGGACUUGAGUAGUCUAAAGAUGAAAUAUUCAGCUAAACCAAUAGCUGCAUCCAGAAACUCAGGAUCUUUGGUCCAGUUGUACGUCUGUGAGUAUCCUAGGAUACCCCAAGCUUGUCCGCGAGCCCAAGUUGAGUUGGCCGCGUAGCCUUGACCAGUUCUCUUCUCCUUGACGGAUCCGUUUUUGGGGUCGAAGUUGACAACGUGAAACGUGCUGUACAUGGUUCUUCCCACAGACUCGUCUGUCUCCUGUCGUAGUAAGGCCUUGAUCAGAGCCUUGGCGUGGGCUGUUGCUGCUUCAGCCAUUUCAGUCUGGCCAGUCUGUGCAGCCGCGUAGUACAGCAGGUCGAGAUUGCACAUAGAGUCGAUAAUCACCAGAAAGUCCUCUGUCAUGCUAGAAAUAUCGACACCAUUUUGCGACAGGACAUCCCAUGAUCGGAUAGCGCCGACAUUGGCGUUGUAUCUUGAGUAGAGUGAGCGCGCAGCAGUGAUGAUAGACUCAAGGGCUGUCGACUCGUGUAAAGUCUCCCAACGAACUCUCAUAGAUGGCUGGAUCAUGAAAGACAUAUCGUGGGUAUCUGUUCUCUGGGCAUACUCAUGAAGCGGGUCAGACCAAGCUCGUCCGACAGCGAGCAGUUGCUUGAGCAGUUGUUGCUUGUUGGCAUCUCCAGCUGAAGCUUGCGGAUACUUGAUGAGACGCUCGAUCAGCG